UUUCGGCAGAACUUCAUCAGGAACAAAAAUGAAAGCCUUCGUCUGUUUAGCUGUCCUUCUUGUCAGCUGUUGGGCUGAAGAAGCAUGUAAACAUUCCAAUAUUGCCCAGAAAACUGAAGAACAAGUUAUAGCUGAAGUAGUUCGUGAUGCUGAUCAUGAUCGAGAUGGUUCCAUUACUGACCUAGAUGUUGUCCAAUUCUUUGUUUUCAAUUUCGAUCAUAAUAAAAAUGGUGAAGUAGACAGAACAGAAUUCGCCAACCAAUGGCACGCAACUUACAAAGAUGAAAAAGCAUUCGCUGAACAUGUGUUCGAUCAUAUUGAUAUGAAAACUGAUGGAGUUCUGAAUAUUGAUGAUAUUCCUUUAUUAGAAAACAGAGCCGACACUGACGGCAGUGGUGUCAUUUCUGUAUCAGAAUUCCAGACAUAUUUAGAAGCUAUUUACGCUGCUUGUUGAGAUUGUCACGUUUUUUUUUCAUUAUUAAUAAAUGAAUACAAAAUCUUU